GAUUGAGAUGCGGGGUGCAUAUAAAUAAUCUGUCGAUUAGUUUGACUCCCCUCUGGGUCCGUCCGUCCAGGCUCUGCGUUUUUACGAUCAUCCCUUUGCUUGCGUAAUUGGCAGGUUUCUGUUCAAACCGAACGCCUCCCAUAACUUUGCCGUCGCCGUUCACAACAAAUAUUCUUCAGCGCCCUCAUUCCGCUAUCAUGCCCAAAGAGCUUCCGGGGUUCUACUAUGAUGCAGAGAAGAAUAGGUAUUUUCCAUUAAAAGGCCCUAUUCCGGGUUCCUCUCCAAAACCACCUCCCAUGCCACCCUCUUCGCGGACCAAGCAGGAAACUACCGUUCUCCUCCGACUAACUCAUGUUGACGUAUGCCAAAGCACAAAAGUAAGACAAGAGGAGCUUCUACAGGCACGGGAAUUGUUUGGUAAGGUGAUCUCUUCCCGGAAAGGGAAGGUGAGCAUGCAGGCUGAAUAUCAAAAGAGACAUGCAUCGAAACCUACGGUAUGGAAAUAUAAAGGGACCAAAAGGAUGGGAAAUAUUGCAUUGGAACAUAUGAUUGCUGAUGUAACCUCGCCACAUGGUCUAAUAAAAAGAGACAUAUUAUUUACAGGUGGUGCCAAUGGUCUAUUGUGUCUUUUUCAAGUUGGAAUGGCUCAACAAGACAUAGAUCCAACACAAGCUUACAAGGCAGAUUGCAUAUGGCCACUCAAUCUGGACCAAGCACCCACUCGCAAAGAGUUAUUAAGACACCUUGGGAGCUCUUAUGGAGCUACGACAUAUAUGUCCUCGGAUGUGUCAUCUAUUAAGGCGUCAAUGAGUUCUUCACCAGCCAGUGAUAUGUUACCAAAACAUUUCUUGAUAACAACUCUGGGAUCUGGCAGUGCUCCCGGAUCUGUCUACCUGCUAGAUUUAACCAAACCACUUGACUUUGAUGCUAGUGUUCCCAUGGCUAGGGAAGGAUUUUAUGAACUUGCUUCAUUUAGGCAGACACUGUGGACUGCUGAUUGUGGUCCUGGUGGAAGGCAUGCUGCAAUUGGAACCAAUAGGGGAGUUGAGUUGCUCAAUAUGGAUACUGGAGCAUCAUCACGGGUGCUUCAUUGUGAAAUUGAUGUUUUGUCCCUGCAGAUUGAUCAAUCUGGGAAUUUCAUUAUUUCUGGUUUGAGAAACGGAGCAAUUAUGACUGUUGAUUCUCGCCAAAAACCAAUCAAGAGGAGCAGAAAUUUCCAAUCGAAGAGUAUGAUGCCUUCUUCUGUUUGUUGUUUGACAUCACUUAAGGCAUGGGAUCAAUACUUCUUGGCGAGCUCCAUGGAUGGUUCGAUCUGGCUCUACGAUCAACGUUCACUUGAGAGAGGGCCAGUUCAAUCUUAUGAAGGGAAUGUAAAUUCACAUACUCGUAUACAACUUGGAGUUGACCCAUCAGAGAAAGUAGUCCUGUCAGGUGGAGAGGACUGCUGUGUCAGACUCUGGGAUAUCAAGUCUGGUGAACUUCUAUUCAAGGAUAGAAUGAUGAAUUCAAUCCCCUCAGCUGUUUGCUGGCCAAGAAACUCAGAUGGGCAAGAUUGCAACAGAUGGUACUGGGAGGAACAUCAUUUGGGGGCUUGGCUGGGGUCAUAUGACGGGAUCACUUACAUGGACUGGCUGUGAUAGAUGGGGGUGCGGGUGCUGGUCCUGGUCCUGGUGCUGGUAUCGGUCCGGGGCCUUCUCAUUUACCGGAAAUUUACUUGAGUUGAGCUCGCUGGAUGCAACUCUAACUCCCUGGUUGGUUAUUUUGUAACAACACAAUCAGUGCAAUCUUGGGAUUAGAUCAAUCAGUUAGUUAUAAACGGAUAGCGCUUGGUCUCAGCACAUGGCAUUUGGACAUUAUCGGACACCAUGGUUCGGUGUGGUGUGGUCAGCCAUCUGGAGUAGAGUGGGGACAAAAGGCCAGCACCCGCCCGUGAUCACGAUAGAUAAUGAUUGAGACCCAUGUAACAAAACAGAUAUAGGUUGUAUUUAUUUAUUUAUAUAUGAUUUUAUUCUAUUUUA